CCUUCAGCUGUAGAGAAGCCAUUUUAUGUGCGUCGUGUAUAGUACAUAGCAAUUUAUUGCCAAUUUUGCAUUAAAAAAUGCCACGAAAGAAGUCUGAAGACUUUUACAGGACCCAUGGGUUCACUGCGAACUUCGAGAACGGUAAAUAUUCGGCCACCUGCCACAACUGCAACAAGGUUCUGCAAAAUACCGCGCUUUCCCGUCUGUCGUUACACAGGCAAACCUGCGAUUCCAAGCUAAGUAGAAUUCCUGUAAUAUUGCAAUCCGCCGAGACAAAAGAACAGGACGAGGGCCCCAGAAUCAAGAUCCAGAAAAUUUCGACCGAAGAAGAUGAAACCGAAGGCAAGGAGAUUAUUGUUAAGAUACAACAAAUUCUGGAUGAGGCUGCUGCGGCUGAAAGUGCCAAGGCCCAGAGCACAAUAAAAACGGAGAUUCGCAGAUCGAAACCGAAAACAGAAGAGCCGGAGGAGCAAAAUAUGGAAUUCGAAAUCUCUAAUAUUGAGAUACCGAACCGCGAAUACGCUGAAUACUUGGACGAAAGCAAAGAGCAUUACAUAUUGCAGCAAAAUGCGUCCAAUGGAAUUGCGACUAUCGUCGAGGCCAGGCCAAGAAACAACUUAGCCGCCCUGAGAGCGGAAAAGGCGCGAGCAGAGAUCAAACAGUUCCAGAGCAAGACCAAGUUUUUGAAAACUGAAACGGAAAACCUGAAGCUGGAGCGCACACUGACUUUGCUAAGGAUCCAGAAACUACGAUUGGAAAUCGACGCUCUACGCGCCUAGAAAUAUUUUUAACUAUAUUGCUUAAGAAUCUUAAAAACACUUGUAAAUGCCCGCAUAUUGACCUUUUAAAACCUUUGUAAAGUUUCUUAUACAUAUGCAUGUAUAUCUAAAGGUGUCUGGUCUUCAAUCAUUAUCUAUAAUUUUGUAAAGUAUCACACAAAAAAAUGUUUCAAAAAAUAGACAAAUUAAAAAAAAAAUUGUCCUUUAAAACAGUAAAA